AGUGCUGGUGGUCGCUGCUAGGCUGUAUCGUGCCCGUCAGUCUCAGUAGCCCCCGCGCCGCCGCCGCACGCUCAGUGCCGUGUCUGUGUUGCUCGCCCGCCCUCACACCCACCACCUGAGAGCCUCCUCCUGGCCACACCCAGGCUCCCUGAGUGCAGGGCCUUUGGCACUUGUGUGGGUGACGCCUUUCUGUUGACGGAAGUGUCACUGCCGAUGUCGUUCCUGCCAAAAGUUUGACAAGUGCUUGCUCAUAACAGUUUUUACUUGAUUUUUACACUUCCAUUCAUUAGAGGACUCAACCCAGCAGGAGUCUGUUUAUGAGUGAAAAAAUGCAUUUUACUGAAGCCUAUGUUUAGUGUCGGUUGUGGGAAAAGAAGUAUCUAAUAUCAGAAAUAAAAAUAUAAUGUUUAAAGUUCAUACAAGCAGUUGAGCUGUAUUACAAGAUUUAUAAUUUGGUUGUAUGCAAAGUGACCGAAUGUUUUGGAAGUGAAGUGCAUUUGAAGUGGCAUGGGAAACGUAGAAGGUAAAGCGACCGGAGGAAGGCGGCGCGUGGAUCCCCCCUACUGCACGGCACGCCCCCUUCCUCCCCUGCCGAACGACGACGAGGAGGAGGACCUGGACCUUGAUUCUCCGCCUCCGUACCCGCCUCCGCCGCCGCCUUCAGAAGAGCGGUCCAAGCGGUAUUCCUGGCGGAUGUCUGACUCCGCCGUCUUUGGCCAAGGCGAAAAUAAGAGGCGCUCGUGGCUACUCAACUUAACCAACGGAGGCGACAAAACGAAGAGUAAAAUGGCGAAAGACGGUAAGGAUGUCGAUGAUGUUAACAGUAAGAUCAGUGUAGGUAGCAUGGAUGUGUCAGGGGGAGUUGGAGUGAAAGCUUCCUUUAAUGAACCACAUAUAAAUAUCCAAGAAAAUUCUUGGACUGUCGAGGGGAAGCCCGACGCAAACCAAACGACGGGGAAGGAAACCCAUGUGUAUACGUACAACAUUUCUGAUAAGGAAAAGUCUAUGCAGGGAGAGAAAGUCAUAAAGAUGAAGACUGAGUAUGUGAGAGGAGAAGACAGUAGUGCACCGGGAUACAGUGUUCUUCACGAAUGUCUUCAGCAUGACAUGAACUCCGAAGGCAGAAUGAUUCAUGAUCAAAACAAUACACAGCUUCCAUCUUUGGAUCUUAGCUGUACAUCCAACAUGAGUGAUGAACUGAAGAAUGUCAUUGACGAGCUUCGAGGCAAGCCAUCCACUGAAGACAGCACUGUAUUUCGAAGUGUAUCCGAACACAAACGAUUUGUCAGUAUCACGACUACGACUAAGAAGGAAGUAUCUUCGCAUAUUAAUAUUAAUGGCAAAGAAUAUAGUUCAACCACAAAUGAUUCUCUUAGUAAGCUGGAGGCAGAACUAAGUGCGUUGCUCUCUCCUGAACUGGAAUUACACACCAAUUCUGAGACAGUCAAUAACAAAAACACUUCCGUUUCCAUGCGCAUGGAAAAUGGACAUGGGUCUGGGGCAAAUGUGGGGUUAGGUUCUAGCACCAGUCAGGCUCAUAGUUCACAAGUAAACCAAAGCUAUAACAUAUCAGUGACACCAACACUCCCAUUACCAGACAUUCAAGAGUUCUCUGGUAAAGGUAUUCCAUUGCUGCCCGACCUUGUGAAGGGCAACAAUAAGGGAGCCAUUAAUGUUGAAAGUUCACUACAGGGGCGUGACAAAAAUGUAAAUGUGGGGGCGGGAGGCAGUAUAACCGGCCCGACUUGUGAUGUUCAACUUGACAAAAGAGGAGAUUUUGGAGGUGGAAGAUUAGAUGCAAAGUUUGAUAGUUCAUUACCACAGGGUAAAGGAGAAAUUGAUGGAUUACACAUAGGGGGAGAUAUUUCAGGUCCCAGAUUAGAUGUGUCAGCCGAAGGCAGCAAGAUCCAUACUCCAGGGGUAGCCUUGGCAGGUGAGAGUCUGCCACGGGGAGAUUUCAGCAUGUCAGUGGAGCCAGGGAUUUCUGUUGCACCUGAUGUAGGCAAGCCUGCCACUAAGAGUAAGAAACAGUCAUCUGGGCCUUGUGCUUGUUUGAGCAGUCCUAAGAAAAUCGAACAAGAAGAGCCAUACAUAUCAGCGGGGGUUCAAGGGGAAGUUAAAGGAGAAUUGCCCACAGUGCCUGCUGGCUCAGUAGAAGUAGAAGGGGUAGACCCAGGUCUUAGAACCGAAGGUACAGCUACUGCAGAGAUUCCCCAGAAAAAACGCUCUGGUCCAAAAUCUAAACUUGGAUCGUGCUUUGGUAAGCCUAAAUCACCUGAAGUUGAUACCCCAAAAGCAGAUGUUAAAGGAGAGGUUGAAGUUAAGAGUCCAAGACCAACUGCAGAGCCAAAAGCAGAAGCAAGUGUAAAUAUCCAAGUGCCAGAUGAGAAUGUGAAAAUUGGAAAAGAUCCUGAGAAGAAAAAGAUCAAGUUUGGCUCAUGUUUUGGAAAGCCAAAAGAACCAGAGUGUGAUGUAAAAGGAGAAUCAUACAGAGUGAUAUCAGAUGAUCAAGAACUUGGAGGCAAGUUAGAUGUUAGUGCUGUAUCACCGACACCUGUGCCUCAAGUUAGUUUAGCAACUACUACAGGUGAUAUCAGUUUUCAGGCAAAACCAGUAAAUGUUUCACCAUCUUUGAAAUGUGACAUACCUGAUUUCCCAAAAGUUGAAGCUAAUGUGGAAACUAGGGCAGGAGUAACUGGAGAUAUUGAGGGUGGUUUUUCAGGUGAUAUCCAUAAGGGAGGGGAUGUACAAAUCCAAACAAAUGUUCCUAAAAUUGGAGGUAAAAUUGCCAGUAAAGAAUAUACUGCAGACAGUGAAAUUUCCAGAAUUCCCGGAAGUAUGGAUAUCAGUAUUCCAGGCUUUUCCCAAAGUACCCCUAAAGCUACAAUAGAAGGGUCAUCAAGAGCUAACUUUAAUAGUGACAUCAGUCUCGACAUUGAAGGAAAGACUCCAGAUGCAAAGAUUAAAGGAGAAAUGCCUGGCUUGUCUUUAGAAGGUAAUUUGCCAAGUAUGUAUGCAUCAGGGGAAAAGACAAAUAUCAAAUAUUCUGAAGAUGCUCCUAAAGUGAAAAUAGAAGGAAAGCUACCAGAACCUAAAGGAGACAUUAAUGUUGACUUUGGAAUUGAUUUGCCACAUGUAGCUGGAACAGAAAAAGAAUUGGAAAUCAAAGCUGCAGAUGUACCAGGUGUUGCUGUUAAGAGCGACUUACCUGUCAUUGAUUCCCCUAGAGGAGAGGUUUCCAUACCAAGCAGUCCAAUCAAGCCAUCUGUAGGUAUUAAAGCUGAAGUUAAAGGUCCAAAGGGAUCAACAUCCCUUGAUGUACCUAGUAUAAAACCAAAGACAAAGAAAGCUAAGUUAGGUCCAUGUGCUUGUUUAGGUAAAUCAGGGAAGAUGGAUAUUGAAGAACCAUAUAUAGAAAAGGAAGGUGAAGUUAGUGGAAGAUUUGAAAAUGUUGACGCAGACAUAGGAGUUAAAGUAGAAGGACCAAAGGUAGAGGGACCUGAAGCCCAAAUUGCAGUUGAUGUAGAAUCUCCAGAGACAAAAACUGGCAAAGCCAAGGCCUCAGGAAAGCCUAAGAUGUCAUUAGGAUCUUGCUUUGGAAAAGCAAAACCACCUAGUGCCCAUGGUGAUGUAUCAACUGAUGUUGGUGUUGAAGGAACCAUUUCUGCUGAGCCACACGUCAAAGUUGAAGGGGCAGAUGUAGAAGGUCCUAGUGCAGAUAUUUCCCUUCCUAAAGGAAAAGCUGAAAUUGACAUCGAAUCUCCAGAAGUUAAAGUGAAAGGAGGAAAAGUUUCAGGCAAACCAAAAGUGACAUUUGGACCCUGUUUUGGUAAAGGUAAAAGUAAGGGUAAAGAUGUAGAAGCAGAAAGUGAAUACAGAAUUGAAGGCCCUUCUGUUAGUGGUGAGAUUAGUCCUUCAUCACCUGAGCUAAGAGCAGAUGUCAGUGUUGAAUCACCUAAAGCCAAAAUCAAAGGGGAGAAACCCAAAACUAAGUUGGGAUCUUGCUUUGGAAAACCCAAAGAACCAAAAGUUGAGGGUGAAUAUCAAGCAGGAAAAAUAGCUGUUGAAGGUCCUGAAGUCAGUAGUAAAGUAGAAGUUCCUUCUGGUGAGGCAAGUGUUGCAUCACCAUCAGUGAGUGUAGAUAUCAGUGCUGAAUCACCUGAAGCUAAAAUUAAAGGGGAGAAACCUAAAUCUAAGCUGGGGUCUUGCUUUGGUAAACCAAAAGGCCCAAAAGUUGAAGGGGAGUAUAAGCCAGCCACAGUUCAGGUUGAAAGUUCUGGAGCUAGUGGUGACAUUAAAAUCGCACCACCAGAGAUAAGAGGAGAUAUUGAUGCCGAAACCCCUAAAGUAGAAAUCAAAGGAGAAAAGCCAAAGUCAAAGCUUGGAUCUUGCUUUGGAAAACCCAAAGGCCCUGAAGCUGAGGGUGAAUACAAACCAAGUAAACUAGAAGUUGAAGGUCCAUCUGUUAGUGGAGAGGCUAGUGUUGGAUCUCCCAAAAUUAGUGGAGAUGUUAGUGCUGAGUUACCAAAAGGUGAUGUUAAAGGAGGAAAGCCCAAAGCUAAGUUGGGAUCUUGUUUUGGGAAGCCUAAAGAGCCGAAUGCAGAGGGUGAAUAUCAACCAGCCAAACUAAACAUUGAUGAGCCCUCGGUUAGUGGUGAGGUGAGUGUCAAAUCACCAGAGGUAGGUGGAAACAUUAAAUCACCAAAGCUAAGUGCAGAUGCAAGCAUUAAACAUCCUGAUGCAGAGAUUAAAGGAAAGAAGCCAAAAGCUAAAUUAGGGUCUUGUUUUGGGAAAUCUAAAUCGGCAGAAAUUGAAGGAAAGGUUGAAGCUGAAAGACCAGAGAUAAGUGCAGAAGUUGAUGUUUCAUCACCUGAGCUUAAAGGUGAUGUAAGUAUUGAAUCACCAGAUGUGAAAAUUAAGGGAGAAAAACCAAAAUCUAAAUUGGGAUCAUGUUUUGGUAAGCCUAAAACACCUGGAGUAGAAGGCGAAUAUAAAGUUAGUACUGAGAGACCCGAAGCAAAGGCAGAGGUUUCAGUCAGUUCUCCUGAUGUUAAAGGUGAUAUUGACAUAGAAUCUCCAGAUAUAAAGGUGAAAGGAAGUAAACCAAAGACCAAAUUUGGAUCAUGCUUUGGAAAACCCAAGAGUGGAAAACUGGAAGGGGAAUACAAGCCAGGCAGAGUUGAUGUAGAAGGUCCUGAAGUGAGUGCAGGAGCCAGCAUCAAGCGCCCUGACAUUGAAGGUGAAAUUGAUAUUGAAUCGCCUGAAGUAGAAGUGAAGGGUAAAAAGGUUUCUGGAAAGCCAAAAGCCAAACUAGGAUCUUGCUUUGGCAAACCCAAAGAACCCAAAGUUAAAGGAGAAAUAGACAUUGAAGGUCCAAGAGUAGAAGGUGAAGUGCCUACUGGAAAAGCUGAAGUAGAUGUCAAGGGUCCUGAGAUGAAAGUAAAGAAUAAGAAGGUAAAAGGAAAAUCUGCUCCACUAUGUGCUUCAUGCAUUGGAAAGGCAUCACCUCCAGAUGUAGAUAUAGAUGCUGAUGUAGAACCAGGAAGCAUCAAGAUUCGUCCCGAAAAACCAAGCAUGGGAGGUAAAAUAUCAGUGGAAGGUCCAAGUAUUGAUGUUGAACCAUCAGUAAAAGUAAAGGGACCUUCAAUGCCAGAAGUACCAGAAUUGAAAGGUCAUUUGGAUGUGGAUGCAGAUCUACCUGAUUUUGAACCUUCCAUAAAAAUCAAAGGUGAUAUUCCAGAUAUCCCAAAAGUAGAAGCUGAAAUAGGAGGGAAAGCAGAUAUUCCAGAAAUUGAAAUCAAGGGUAAUGUGCCAGCACUUCCAAAGAUAGAGGCAAGUGUGGAUGCACCUGAAUUGAAAGUGGAAGGAGAGUUACCAAAACUGAAAACCGAAGGUGACAUUGACAUUGGAAUAAAUGUUCCAAGUAUUUCAGGAGACAUUAAGGGAAUAAAUAUUGAAACACCUGAGUUCCCAAGUGGUAAAAUUGAAGGAGAUAUUAAAGGUGACUUACCAAGCAUUGAUAUUCCUAAAGCUGAAGUGUCUCUACCAGCAGGCCCUGAAUUACCAAGUGCAGAAAUCAAGGGAGAAUUGAAAGGUCCAGAGAUCUCGGGAUCAGCCCAACUACCAAAGGCUGAACUAAAGACAAAGAAAGCCAAACUUGGUCCAUGUGCUUGUUUAGGCAAAUCAGGCAAAAUUGGCAAAGAAGAACCAUACAUGGCAGCAGAAGCUGGAGGAAAAGUAAGUGGAGAAGUUGAAGGCGUAGAUGUGAGCGUAGAAGGACCCAAAGGUAGUGUUGGAGUAGAUGUUGAAUCUCCUGAGAUAAAGGGUAAGAAAGUAAAGGCUUCAGGUAAGCCUAAAAUGUCAUUAGGAUCUUGCUUUGGGAAAGCAAAACCACCUAGUGCCCGUGGUGAUAUAUCAGCUGAUGCUGGUGUUGAAGGAACCAUUUCUGCAGAGCCACACAUCAAAGUUGAAGGAGCAGGAAUUGCAGGUCCUAGUGCAGAUUUACCCUUCCUGAAGGAAAGGUUGAAGCUGAUAUUGAAUCCCCAGAAGUUAAAGUGAAAGGAGGAAAGUAUCAGGCAAACCGAAGAUGAAAUUUGGACCAUGUUUCGGCAAAGGAAAAGAUGUAGACGUAGAAGGCGAAUACAAACCAGGUAAAGUAGAAGUUAAAGGUCCAUCUGUCAGCGGUGAAGUUGGUGCUGCCUCUCCUGAAAUGAGUGGAGAUAUUAGUGUUGAAUCACCUGAAGCCAAAAUCAAAGGAGAAAAGCCCAAGUCUAAACUAGGAUCCUGCUUUGGAAAACCCAAAGGGCCAAAGGUGGAAGGUGAAAUAUAAGCCAGUCAAAGUUAGUGCCGAGAGUCCAGAAGUUAGUGGUGAAAUUGCUGUUGCCUCACCAGAGAUAAGUGCAGAGAUCAGUGCUGAACAGCCCAAAGCUAAAAUCAAAGGGGAGAAACCUAAAUCAAAAUUAGGAUCUUGCUUUGGUAAGUCCAAAGGCCCAAAAGUUGAAGGAGAAUAUAAACCAAGCAUUGAUGUUGAAGGCCCAGAAGUAAGUGGUGAAGUAGCGGUUCCAUCAGCCGAAGUUAAGGGCGACAUUAAGGUUGAUUCACCUGAUGUUAAAUUGAAAGGAGGAAAACCCAAAUCAAAGUUUGGAUCCUGCUUUGGAAAACCAAAAUCACCUGAAAUUGAGGGUGAAUAUAAAC